GCCGUCCCCACCGCUCAAACUAAGAGUCCCAAGAAGAAGAAGGCGCCCGCCCGGAGCAAGGCAGCCGGUCUCAAGCUGGGCGAACAGAUCGACAAGCUUGUGGCGGAUUGCCGCGAUCGCAGAGGGUUGCUUUAUUUGCGAUAAAGAAGAGCCUGGCCGCCAACAGCGUCGAUGUGGACUAGUACGGCCACCUGGUCAGGAUGUGCAUCAAGAGAUUAGUAAACGAUGUACUGGUCCAGAACAAGGGCUCCUUCAAGACCGGCAAGGGAGAAGCGGCCGUGAAAUCAGUAAAGAAAGCGAAGAUUUCAGCAGCCAAGCCAUCCAAGAGCAAGAAACCGACGGACAAGAAAUCCCCGACCAAGAAAUCACUGGCAAAAAAAUCUAACCCCAAGAAACCAGCGGCCAAGAAAGCCCAAAAAACCAGCGAUCAAGAAAGCUUCCACUAAGACAGUUGAGGUCAA